CAACGUAAAAUAAAAGAAGAAGAAGAAAAGAUGCAUAAAUCGUAUACGUAUCUGAAGAAAUCAUAAUUUAUAAUCGAUUUGUGAUAUCUGACUGUAGUCCUGCGUGUGUUUGUGAAAAAAUUAUAAUCCCGCCAGCUACAUUUUUAUGAAAAAACACGGCUGUCUUCUGAAGUAACUAGAAAGUAGCUGAUACAACGUACCAUCAAUGAUGUACUCCGUCCUUAGCCUGCUGAUGUCUCUUCCAUUCAUCCUGCAUGACAUCUGGUGCCUUGAUUGUCCUUCAACGUACACGCAAACGAACUUCAUACUCAAGCACCAUGUUCUGUCGUCAACAACGGUGAAGAACUACCAAGAAUGCUACGAUAAAUGUGCAUCUACCACGGAUUGCCAUAGCAUGAAUUUUUAUGACAGGAGCCAAAGGUGYGAGUUGAACAAAGGCAGUCACUUGUCCAAUCCUGUUGACUUGGUUUACAACGAAGAAGGCACUUAUUCGGUGCAUGAUAGUCGGUCAGUGGAGACGUGCAGUGACAAAUAUUGUAGUACUGAUACCAUUUGUGUGAUGAAAAAUAACACCUUCGAAUGCAAAGAUUGUGCUUUUGCAUUUGGAAUGGGAGUUGAUUCGAGGAAGAUCCCAAACUCGGCGAUAACUGCGUCUUCAACGUGGGGUUCUGGGGGACACGAGCCUUGGAGAGGACGGCUUAAUAACUACCCCGUCACCACACCUUAUAAUGUUGGUGUUGAUGUUGGCUGUUGGUCAGCCAGGUCUAAUACUGUAGGACAGUACUUACAGGUGGAUUUGGGUCACGUGGUAUACGUUACUAUGGUAGCAACACAAGGAAGGCCAUACUCUCAUGCGCAGUAUGUGAGAAAAUACAGCCUGGCUUACAAAAACAGCGACAACUCGUUUGUGGAUUACAAAAUAGCAAACAUUGUAAAGAUCUUUCAGGGGAACACUGACUUAUCAACGAUCGUAACCCACAGGCUUCCCGACAAGAUAAAAACCCAGUACAUCAGAUUUGUUGUCAGAGAAUGGUAUGGCCAUAUUUCAAUGAGAGCCGAAGUCUAUGGAUGCCAAAUUCCUGUCUAAUUAUGGAAACCCAGGUGUAAUGGGUUGUGGUUGAAGUUUGUCUCGCUGCCUCCCCCCUCCCCAAAUGUCGUAAAUUUCGUAAAUUAGCUGAAGUUGUUACCUUGUCGAAAUAAACAAGAUUUUAAAGGCUUUAUCUAUCUUAUCUAAGACUUAUCUCUCUGUUGUGCAGCAUUCUUUUAGAUAGUUUAACUUUGGAUGUUGUAAAGAAGAAAAAAUGACAAAG